AGCGCGCGCGUCUCUCUUUCUCUCUGUCGGGCAAUCGAACCCGUGGAAACUAUACCGGUUUCUCGAUGCUACUCCGGCGGUGAAUGACUUUCGGGGGACCGGACGCUCACGCGAAUCGUCGUCUGGAAUCGUCGCGAGCGGCGCGCUCUCUUCGGAGAUCGAAGAGGCGGAGCGAACGCGCGCACGCGCAGUCGCGCGUUUCUGGCACUUGGACUGUGUCGCGGGGCGCUGCCGCGCGCAGCCGACCGUCUCGACAGUCGCACGGUGGAUGUAAGGGUGUCGAGACGACGGAGGAGCCGUACAGCGCCGGAGUACGGCGGGCACUGCUGCACGGGCUGCGAAAUUUCUCUCUCUCUCUCGCGCGUGCGGCGGAGGCUCGUUCGUUCGCUCGCGCGACACGUGUAAAUAAUACCUCCCCGGGGGCUGAAUAUCUCUCGCGCGCGCUUCGCCGCCGACUUCAGCCACGGCUACGUGAAUCCCGCCAGGUAAUCCGCGACAGCGGAGCGCCGCCGUGGUAGCUUCCGCCAGCACUGCCUCUCGCUGCCGCGUGCUGCUGCUGGCCGACGGAGUCUACUCAGGCUACUCUUGUACGUACAAACGUCUGCGUCAGGAAAUGGAGCUCGAGCAGGCGGCACCGCAGCCCGUCACGGACCUGGAUAAGCAGCGAUCCAAGGAGAUCAGCAGCGCGUCCGGGAAUCAUAACGAAACUCAUAUCAAUGGGAUGUCCAAUGGCUUCGAUAAGAAGAGGGAACACAAGUCUGAACAUAGGGACAAGGAUAAAGAACGAUCUCACAAAUCGGAACAUAAGGAUAAGGACAGGAGCAAGGACAAGGAGAGAAACCACAAAAGCGAGCACAGAGAUAAGGACAAAGACCGGCAUAAACAUAGUUCCAGUUCUAUUAAGGAUAAAGAGAAGCAUGACAGCAGCAGCAAAGAUAAGGACAGGGACAAGAAAAGCUCCUCCUCCUCGUCCAACAAAGACAAGGAGCACAAAAGCAGCAGCUCCUCCAGCAAGGAUAAGGACAAGAGCAAAGACAAGGAACAUCACCACAAGUCGAGCUCGAGCUCUAAGGAUAAGGACAGACAUCACAGCAGUUCCAAGGAUAAGGACAAGGAUAGCUCAAGUAAGGACAAAGAGAGUUCUAGCAAGGAUAAAGAUAGCUCGAGCAAGGACAAGGACAGCUCGAAGAGCAAAGACAAAGAUAGGCAUAGACACAGUUCCUUGAACUCGAGCUCGCGCGACAAAGAUAAGGACAAGGACAGAAGUAUUUCGAAGGACAAGGAGAAGGACAGAAAGCAUUCGUCGGAGAAAGACAAGGAGAGACAUUCCACUUCCCAUUCGGGUGAUAAAGAGAAGCACCGUUCGUCGGACAAAGACAAGCACAGCUCGUCGUCGUCCAGCAAAGACAAGCACCGCCAUGAUAAGGACAAGGAUCGCCAUCGGCACGAUAAAGACAAAUCUAAGCAUCGCGACGAUAAGGAGAAGAAGGAGAAAGAGGUGAAGGAAGAGAUAAAAGUGAAGGAAGAAUUGAAGGAAGAGCCGGUGGAGCGGAUAAAUCACUCGAUUAACGAAGGGUUGCGCGUUAAUCCGGAAAUAAAGCUACGUCUGAAGGAACCGGUGACGCAAAUGGAUCUAGAUGACGACGAUGAUAGCGGUGGCGAGCAACCGCUUUACAUCAAAGAAGAGGAUGACGAGGAGGAAGCAGUGAAGGAGGACGGAGACUCGACCGACGGGAACGACACUCGACUCUCGGAUCUGCACAACACCACGAUAAAAACGGAGGACGAUUCGGAGGAGGACAAGCCACUGUCUGCGAGGUCUAAGGUGUCGCCAAGUGUCAAGAGGAAGAACGCCGAGUCCUCCGACGAGGAGGAUCUGCCACUGAUGGCGCGCAAGAAGGCGAAGAAAGCCAGCCCGAAGGCCAAGAAGAAGAAACGAAAAUAUCUCGACGAGGACGAGUCCGAUGAGGCCGAGGAGAAACCAAAGAAGAAGAAGAACAGCGCGAAAGGGGUGAAAGUCGAGACUCCGAGUCCGAGGAAGAAGAAGCAAGAGGAAGAGCAAGAAGUGUGGAAAUGGUGGGAGGAAGAGAAGAAAAACGACGGCACAAAGUGGCAUUUCCUGGAGCACAAAGGACCCGUGUUUGCCCCGCUUUAUGAGCCUCUACCACCCACCGUGAAGUUCUACUACAACGGUAAGGAGAUGAAACUGAGCGAGGAGACGGAGGAGGUCGCGACCUUCUACGCGCGCAUGUUGGAGCACGACUAUACCACGAAGGCUGUGUUUAACAACAACUUCUUUACCGACUGGCGGGACGUGAUGACCGAGUCGGAGCGUGCGAAAAUCACCGACCUGUCCAAGUGCAACUUCAAGGAGAUAAACGCGUACUUCGUGCAGAAGAGCGAGGAGCGCAAGGCGAUGACGAAGGAGGAGAAGCUGAAGAUCAAGGAGAAGAACGAAGAGACCCAGAAGGAGUACGGCUUCUGCAUCAUCGACGGCCACAAGGAGAAGAUCGGUAACUUCAAGAUCGAGCCGCCGGGCCUGUUCCGCGGCCGUGGCGAGCAUCCGAAGAUGGGCAAAUUGAAAAAGCGAGUGGUGCCGGAGGAUGUUCUGAUUAACUGCUCGAAGGACUCGAAGAUCCCGAAGCCACCGUCCGGUCACAAGUGGAGAGAAGUGCGGCACGAUCCCAACGUCACCUGGCUCGCCUCCUGGACGGAAAACAUUCAGGGCCAGGUGAAGUACGUGAUGCUGAACCCGUCUAGCAAACUCAAGGGCGAGAAGGACUGGCAGAAGUACGAGACAGCGCGGAAGCUGGCGCAGUCGAUCGACAAGAUCCGCGCCGAGUACCGGGAGGACUGGAAGAGCAAGGAGAUGCGCAUCAGGCAGCGCGCCGUUGCUUUGUACUUCAUCGAUAAAUUGGCGCUCAGGGCUGGUAACGAGAAGGACGAGGAUCAGGCGGACACCGUCGGCUGCUGCUCGUUACGGGUGGAACACAUUACGCUGUACGAGCAUUCCGGUGGAAAGGAUUACGUAGUUGUAUUUGACUUUUUAGGUAAGGAUUCUAUACGAUAUUACAACGAAGUGCCGGUGGAGAAACGGGUUUUCAAGAACCUGCAACUUUUCAUGGAGAACAAAUCGCCCGGAGACGAUCUGUUCGAUCGGCUCAACACUACCGUGAUGAACAAACACUUAAACGAACUGAUGGAGGGUCUCACCGCUAAAGUAUUCAGAACUUACAACGCGUCGUGGACGCUACAGCAACAAUUGGACAAACUCACGGAUCCUAACGACACGGAGGCGGAGAAGAUCCUGUCGUACAAUCGAGCUAACCGCGCCGUCGCCAUACUGUGUAACCAUCAACGUUCCGUACCAAAGACGCACGCUAAGUCGAUGGAGAACCUGAUGUUAAAGAUAGAUGCUAAGAAGGAGACGAUAGCCGAGACAGAGUUGCAGGUGAAAGACGCCAAGCGGGACGCGAAGCACGGUUCGGUGAAGGAAAAAGUAAUAUACGAGAAGAAGAAGAAGCAGCUAGAUCGGUUAAAAGACCAAUUAAGGAAGCUGGAGGUGCAGGCGACCGACCGGGAGGAGAACAAGGAGAUCGCGCUGGGUACCUCCAAGCUGAACUAUCUCGAUCCCAGAAUUUCUGUUGCAUGGUGCAAGAAGCACAACGUGCCGAUCGAGAAGAUAUACAACAAGACUCAAAGGGACAAGUUCAGAUGGGCAAUAGACAUGGCAGGGCCCGACUACAUUUUUUAACUUCGCCGAAGUUUGUCAUCGCGUACGUCACGAAAGGACGACUCCCUUUGACACUGUAUUUAGCGAAUUUUACGUUCUAGGAAAGUCGGGAAACCAAACAAGAAAGCGAGCGAGAGAGAGAGAGAGAGAGAGAGAGAGAGAGAGAGAGAGAGAGAGAGAGAGAAAUAGGAAGAAAGAUUGUGAGAAAUUCAGAAUUUUUUACAUGAAUGCACAAUAGCGAAAUAUAAAUGUGAGAGUGUGAAAACAUAUUUUCUAUAGGAUAUUCAAUCGAGCAUCAUAAAUUAGUCAGCGAGAAAGCGACUUAUAUAUAUAUAUAUAUAUAUAUAUAUAUAUACAAUAUAUGUGUAUAUAUGUAUAUGUGUAUAUAUAUAUAUAUGUAUGUAUAUGUAUAUAUACCUAAUGGUGUGCAAUUAAAAUUUAUCGAUACCCCGGUAAUCGAUUACGUGCAUCGCAGUUGCCACCGAGGCAGGUUUGUUAUUUUAUCUGCUAUAUAUUGCCGAAUUCGUCGACGCCAUGUACGACGAUCGCCUGUCUCUCGAGCGAAGUCCUCAAACGGUAAUCUGACUCGAGAAGCGAGACGAUCGAGAGGUCGAGGUAGGGUGAUAGCUUUCGCGUGGAAACGAAAGCUACGUAUCUUAAUUUUGUUUUUCGUUUAUUAUAGGUAGGAAUUUAUAUUAACAUGCGUGUGAAUUAGGAAAAACAGCACCGAAUUUGUGCGAUAAAAAAAAGAAUAAUGAAGGAAAAACAUCUAAAUUCUAAGACACAGUACCGAUGGCGUGCGAAGAGGCGCGUGUGAAGACGUUAGCUGCGUUUUAUGUAUAUGUAUAUAAUAGGAAGAUUCGUGAAUAACACGAACACACAAUUUACACAUCGAUAUUUAAAAAGGAAAAAAAAAAUAAACUAACUCACCCCGGAGAAGGCAGCUGAAUUUUGUAUUCCCUUAAGAACACACACAUACACACACACACAAAUACCAUAUAUACUCACACACGUGAACUUGUUUCUCUCAUAAAUGUAUGAUAGCAUCAUUUCAUCGAGUACCAUUCACCACUUUGCAUCAUGUAUGAAGACAUAUAUGUAGGAUAUUACCGAUAUCGUGCACUACUUUUUUUAUACAUAAAGGCAGAAAUGGAUCAAAAGAGGCGAUUAGAUGAAUUACACGAUUCAGAUCUAUAUUACCGCUCCCCAGAACUGAAUCCGACAUGUAGCGUUAAAAAACGGGGCUUAUAAAAUAUAUAUAUAUAUUUAUAUAUAUUUAAGUGAAUCGUCGCUUUUUUUAGCGAUUUAUGUUUUAUAAGACAGUGUUUAGGCGCUAUAAUAAUAAUAAUAAUACUAAUAUUAAUAAUAAUAAUAAUGACAUAAUGAUAAUAAUAAACAAGAAACUCGUAUCCAUUGAUUUUUUUUCUAGUGUUAUUUGCACGCUUCGCGCCGUGCGACCGAUCGUUCGGACUCACGCUGGAGGAUGUUAGCAUAUAACACACUCACACAUUACACACACAUAUACAUACAUGUAUGUAUGUAUACGUAUAUUUUAUGUUCACUUGACGAUAAUAAGGCAUAUAGCAUUAAGCUUUCCCAUUUUCGCAGUCGAAUCGAGACAUUCUGGCGUAUGUGCUUAAAUAUAUAUCUAUAUAUAUAUAUAUAUCUAUAUAUACACACACACACAACAUACAUCACACAUUAGAUACGAUGUUUCUAUAGGAGAUUUCGUUGAUGUACCCCCUUCGCUUUUGUUUCACGCUACGUAAUUAUAUUAGUUCCCUCUGUAAGAGUGCGGGAACCGCUUGCAUUAUGGAAAAAAAAAAAUUAUCAUUACUGUUACGUUGAGCUUGUACAAGUCUGCCUGUUCUCGAUCCGCUGAAGAUGAGUUAGAAGCGUCUAGCGACGAGAAAGAGUAUUUAGGGAAAGAGACGUGACGUCUACGAUUGCGCUACCGACUGCUAUUUAUCUCGGAGAGAAUGUAACACGGUUCCGAAUCUACUGUUACGCGCGCAUCCAAGAAUGGAAUCAUUACUCGUAACGUGUAAUUAUACGAAAUAAGCGUACCUAGAUAAUAUUCAAUGAAUUUGUAACGCCGAGUCACACCGGAUCGCAGCACGCGCGUACGUACACGUACGUACGAUUGGAGCUUUGCAUAUUCUGACGUGAAAGCGAAAGGAUGAAGCGUCAACGACGACGUGUUAUCGUUCACUUUUCUCCUGUGGCCGUCGCGUCGCGACGGGAGCGAGCGAGGAAUUAUCGUGCGAAUUGCACGUUCCGAUCAUCGUCGAGUUCGGUUGGCGACGCGCCUCCCCGGCUGCGGGCGCGCGACGACGACUUCUUUACGUUUAUUCGCGGAAUAAACGAAACGUGAUAUUCGGUUUGUAAGGUCCCUUUCUCCCGCGCUCGAGGGCGUAUCCGAGACCACCGAACUCGCCGGGGUCGUCCGUGAAUCGUGCGCGAGAAUUGUGCAGCUUGAUCAAGGGGCUACACCUGGACGGUUUCCUCAAGCCGUUCGAGCAGCUCGGUAUACGAUUUCUCGCUCGUUGCUGCGACCGCGAGGAAACCGGGAAAACGCGGUUCCCGCGUCGUAGACGGCCACCGGAAGCGGAGGAAAGGGCACGACAGCUUCAGUUUUGGGGACCGGUAAUCUCGGUGUCUCUCUCAGAGAGGUGUUAAAGAGAGGGGUGAUUACAUUUCGAGCGGACAGGUUGAACGGCCGUUCGCGCACAGCCACUCGCAAUAUGAAUAUAAUAGCAAUGUAAGUGUCAUGUGAUGAUGCGACGAGCGAGGGGGAAAGGGGGAAAAAAUAAAAGAUGGAAGUACUGCGACGGGGGAGGGAGGGUAGAAUCGCAAUUCGGCACGAGCCUUUGCGGAAAAAUCAGAGCACAGCUCCUUAGGUUUUUAACUUUUACUACGAAGAAGAACGCGAGAAAAACUCGAGAUAAGUGAGAGUGCAAUUGAUAUUUAGUACAAUUCCGUGCCCGCGCGCACAACACAGCGGGACGCAGGAUGAUUACACACGUGUAUGUUUCUCAGUGACUAUCACUUCGAUAUUUACAUAUUAUUGGAAUAAUAAAAAGAUUCUUAGUGCCGGAU